UGAGGGUUGACUUUUCAGCCCAGUACAGGAUUUUGUGUGGUCUAGCCCGAGCAGUUCAGUGGCUAUGCAACCGCUCAGAGAUGCUCAGCUUGGAGCUUUUACUUUCUUCGCUUCCGCGCUUCCGCACGAUGUCUGUGGUAGCAAUGGUCUCCCACUGACCCCAAACUCUAUCAAGAUCCUGGGCCGAUUCCAGUACCUUAAGACCCUGACUCAUCCCAGGUUAUGCCAGUACGUGGACAUCUCUCGAGGAAAGCAUGAGCGACUUGUUGUUGUUGCCGAGCAUCACGAGGAAAGUCUGAAGGACUGUCAGAGACGGGGCAAACCUGUCAGCCCAGACAGAGUGCUGCAGAUUGCCUUUGAGAUACUUGAGGGCCUGGCUUUCAUGAAUAAACAUGGAAUGGUGCAUCAAGCUCUCAGUCCUCAUAAUGUACUCCUUGACCGCAAGGGACACGUGAAGCUGGCUAAAUUCGGUCUUUACCACAUGACGGACCAUGGCGCGGAUGUGGACUUUCCUAUAGGGUAUCCGUCUUACCUGGCUCCUGAGGUGAUAGCCCAGGGCUGUUUCCGCUCGACUGACUCUUCUCUGGUAGAUCCUCCGCUGCCCUCAGGACCUAAGUCAGACGUGUGGUCCUUGGGGAUCCUGCUGUUUGAGCUCUGUGUGGGGAGAGGAAUUUUGCAGAACAUAGACAUCAGUGAGAGAUUGAAGUUUAUCAUCAACUUGGGUGUCAUGGAUGACAUAGUAACCGUUCUUGCUGAGGAACAUGGAUGCCUUGAGAUAAUCAAGGAGCUGCCAGAGAAAGCCUCAGCUUUAUUAAGGAAAUGCCUGACGUUCCUCCCCUCAAAAAGACCUACUCCGUCAGAGCUCCUGGAGGACUCCGUCUUUGAGGGCGUGUCCUGUCUCUACACGCCCUAUCAGAAAGCGGCGGGGCUGUUCUCCUCCUCCCUGCGCUGUGCUCACCUGGAGCUGCCUGAGGACAUCAGUGAACUCUGUAAAGAUGAAGGAGACGAUUACCUGGCUGAGAGAUCUAUUGCUGAAGUAUACCACCUGUGGUGCCUGGCAGGAGGAGACCUGGAGAAGGAGCUGACCAACAAAGGAAUCAUUCAGUCCAAACCUCCAGUCUGCACCCUGCCCAAGUUCAUUCUGGAGGACGGAGAGUCUUUUGGCCAAGGCAGGGAUCGAAGCUUCCUCUUGGAUGACACCACUGUGACGUUAUCACUCUGUCAGCUUAAAAAUAGAUUAAAGGAGGUGGCAGGGGAGGCAUACUAUCCUUUAUUAGAGGACGAACAGUCCAGUCUACCUCAGUCGAGCAGCAGUAACGAGCUGACCGCGGCUGUCUCUCUGCCCCUCAUUAUUCGAGAGAGAGACACCGAGUACCAGCUCAUCCGUAUCGUCCUCUUCGACAGGCUUCUCAAGGCGUACCCGUAUAAGAAGAACCAGGUUUGGAAGGAAGCCAGAGUCGACAUUCCUCCCCUCCUGAGAGGGUUGGCAUGGGCCGCUUUACUGGGAGUGGAGGGUGAUAUCCAGGCAAAAUAUGACAGCAUAGACAAGGACACGCCCAUCCCCACAGACAGACAGAUCGAGGUGGAUAUCCCCCGCUGUCACCAGUAUGACGAGCUCUUGUCCUCGCCUCAAGGCCAUGUGAAGUUCCGGAGAGUUCUGAAGGCUUGGGUGGUGUCCCAUCCAGACCUGGUCUACUGGCAAGGCCUGGAUUCACUCUGUGCCCCUUUCCUCUACUUGAAUUUCAACAACGAAGCGCUUGCGUACGCCUGCAUGUCUGCCUUCAUCCCCAAAUACCUCUACAACUUCUUCUUGAAGGACAACUCACAUGUGAUACAAGAGUACCUGACAGUCUUCUCUCAGAUGAUUGCCUUCCACGACCCAGAGCUCAGCAACCAUCUCAACGAGAUCGGUUUCAUUCCUGACCUGUAUGCGAUCCCUUGGUUUCUCACGAUGUUCACACAUGUGUUUCCGCUGCACAAGAUCUUUCACCUUUGGGACACGCUGUUACUGGGCAACUCCUCGUUUCCGUUCUGCAUUGGCGUGUCCAUCCUUCAGCAGCUCAGAGACCGACUGCUGGCUAACGGCUUUAAUGAGUGUAUCCUGCUCUUCUCAGACUUACCAGAGAUAGACAUUGAGCGCUGUGUCAGAGAAUCCAUAAACCUCUUCUGCUGGACACCAAAGAGUGCAACGUAUCGACAGCACGCUCAGCCGACCAAAUCCACGACAGACAGCAGCAGCCUGGGCAAAACUCCAUCCUACUUCUCCACCUCCGAGUUCCAGGACCUGCCCAAGACUGACUUAUGUAGAGAGCCUCUGAAGCUAGCCGAGCUAAAGGCGGAGGUAAGUCCUCGCAUCUCCGCGGAGGAUCUCAUUGAGCUGUGUGAACUCAGUGGCCCUGCACACUUUAAGACGCCCGUCAAGAAGCCAAAACCCGGCAAAGCCAAGAUCCUGGCAGUGGACAUCCGGGGCAGCGAGGACUUCAACCGUGGCCAUAUCCCAGGCAGCAUUAACAUUCCAUACAGCUCCGCGUUCGGGCCGGACGGAGAACUGGUUCAGUGUCCGGCCACGACCACGACGCUGGCCGGCUUCAGAGGCAGAGUCAUCGUGAUCAUCAGCAACGUCAUGAAAAAUGCAGCAACAUUUGCAGCUCACCUGGUGAGGGUAAACUACCCUCGUGUGUGUGUUCUGGAUGGAGGAAUGAACAAGAUGAAGUCGACCGGUCUGCUCACAGUUCCGUCUCCUCAAAUCUGA